GCCCUUUGCGAGCGACUGAGCCGGUUCCGCUGCAGUGAGUUCAGGAGAGUCUGAACGAGUCUGCGUCCUCUUUCUAAGACGAACGGUUCUUAGAAAGGUCUUAAAAGAAGAAGUUGAACGAAUAACGACGUCAAAUGUUAUUUCACUUUGUAUUAGUUCACGCCGAGAGUAAAAGUAAAGUUUUAGGGUCCUUCACCUGGGGUGGCCGCUGUAUUAACUGAUGAGGAGGUAGCAGGGCCCUUUUUAUUAAUUGAAGCCAAGUGAAUGAAAAUAAAACAUUUCGGACCUUCACCUGAGAUUACCCGAAUUUUUUGCCCACUUUUUCUAAUAGUCAUGACGUCACAAAGGAAAUCACCUGAUCAAAAAAGACGCCGUAGAAGCUUAUCUACCAGCAAAACUACAAAAAGCCAAUCUCAUUCGAUUAUUUCGUAUUUUAACAGUGCACCACCUGCUAAACUUGCAUGUUCAAUUUGUCAUAAAAUGGUGCCCAGGUAUGACCUAAUCCGGCACCUUGAUGAGUCUUGUUCUAACAGUGGUGAAGUCGUUCAAGUUGAGCCUGCUCAGGCUGGUUUAAUGAAUCCAACUGUGCCUAGAUCAGAUGUAUCCAGUAUUCCUUUAGAAGAAAUAACACCUCAGAAGUUAUCACCACCAAAGAGAAGUUUAAUCCCUGUCCAGUGUGGUUCAAAACUGGACAUACAACAGCAGACCAGUCCCUACUUUAAAGAUGCCUUGGUGUGCAAAAAUCAAAAUGAGCUUCCAAAUCAGAGUGUGGAAAUUAUGCCUUUGGGAAGUCUGUCGUCGAAACUGUCCAGGAGAUAUGUAAAAGCUAAAAGAUCACUCGCCAAAAAUGAGGGACUAGCCAGUCAUUGCCCACAGACUUCUCCAUCCACACACGACACCAGCCUGGUUGAUAAGUGUCCAGAGAUGGAAGACAAAGAUGAGAUUUCAUACAGUUCCCAGAAGGAAAACAUUUAUUCAUGUGCAUCUCUAAAGGAAGAGAAUGCUUCAGAACAGAAGGUAAAGAGCAGUGAAAUAAUGGGGGAUAAAAGGCAGAAAGCUUCCUGUGGGGAGCCAGCCCUCACCUCUGCAUCCUCAGAGCAUGCCCCCUUAUUACUGUCCUCAGAUGUAACUCUCGCCAAUAACACGAAAUCCUCUUCAGGAGACACUCUUGGAAAGCAAGAAGGUGCCAGAACAGUAAGGGUAGGGGUCGCUGAGCAGCUUGAGGCAUACAGUCAGGAAGAAGUACAAAUGACUGUUGAUGCUGGGGACAAAACCCUGGUGUCAGGAGAGGCGGGAUCAAACGGUCCAGCCACCAAGGACAACAUGUCUCCAUGGAGUAACAACCAAGAGCUUAGGGAAGCUGGCAGUGCCUUAAAGAGACAAAGGGCUUGUAGCCCUCUGGAGCAGGGGUCCAGGUGUGAUGUUCCCAGUGAGACAGCUGAACCCCCACUGAGUCACCCUUACUACCUGAGGAGCUUCCUGCUGGUGCUGCAAGCCAUCCUUGAGAACGAAGAGGACAUGAAGCUCUUUGAUGACCAGGAGAAGGGGAUUAUAACUAAGUUUUACCAGUUGUCAGCUAGUGGUCAGAAGUUGUAUGUGAGGCUCUUCCAACGUAAAUUAACCUGGAUUAAAAUGACUAAACUGGAGUAUGAAGAGAUUGCCGUGGACUUAAGCCCUGUGGUUGAAGAAUUGAAGGACUCGGGCUUUCUACAGACAGAAUCUGAGUUGCAAGAACUCUCUGAUGUACUUGAACUCCUUUCUGCUCCUGAGCUGAAAGCCCUGGCCAAAACCUUCCACUUGGUGAGUCCUGGUGGGCAGAAGCAGCAGCUGGUAGAUGCCUUUCUCAAGCUGGCCAGACAGCGCUCAGUCUGCACUUGGGGCAAGACUCAGCCUGGAGUCAGAGCGGUGAUUUUAAAAAGAGCUAAAGACCUGGCUGGCCGGUCCCUUCGGGUCUGUAAAGGCCCUAGGGCUGUGUUUUCCCGAAUCUUGCUUCUGUUCUCGUUGACUGAUUCCAUGGAAGACGAAGAAGCUGCUUGUGGAGGUCAAGGUCAGCUGUCUACUGUGCUGUUGGUCAACCUGGGCCGAGUGGAGUUUCCUCAGUACACCGUCAGCCGGAAGACCCAGAUCUUCAGGGACAGAGAGGACCUCAUCAGAUAUGCAGCAGCCGCGCACAUGCUGAGUGACAUCUCAGCUGCCAUGGCCAGUGGGAACUGGGAAGAAGCUAAGGAGCUUUCUCAGAGUGCAAAAAGAGACUGGGACCAAUUGAAAAGCCACCCUUCCCUGAGAUACCACGAGGCUUUGCCACUCUUUCUGCGCUGCUUUACUGUCGGAUGGAUUUACACAAGGAUUUCCUCUCGGGCUGUUGAAGUACUAGAGAGGCUUCACAUGUACAAGGAAGCAGUCCAGGAACUUGAAAAUCUUUUGUCUCAGAAAAUCUAUUGUCCUGACAGCAGAGGCCGCUGGUGGGAUCGCCUGGCUCUUAACCUGCACCAGCACCUGAAGCGUCUGGAAGAGGCAAUCAGGUGCAUCAGGGAAGGCCUGGCAGAUCCACAUGUGAGGACAGGACACCGACUUUCUCUUUAUCAGCGAGCUGUGCGCCUGCGAGAGUCUCCAAGCUGCAAAAAGUACAAGCACCUCUUGAGCCAGCUGCCAGAAGUCGCCGUGGGAGACGUUAAGCAUGUGACCAUCACGGGCAGGCUGUGCCCCCAGCAUGGGAUGGGCAAGUCUGUGUUUGUCAUUGAGGGCGGAGACACGACCAACCCCACCACAAUCCUAUGCUCUGUGGAGGAGCUGGCGCUGGAUUAUUACAGGCAAAGCGGCUUUGACCAAGGGAUUCAUGGAGAAGGAUCCACCUUCAGCACCCUGUGUGGCCUCCUGCUGUGGGAUGUCAUCUUCAUGGAUGGAAUACCAGAUGUCUUCAGAAAUGCCUACCAGGCCUCCCCCCUGGAUUUGCUCACGGACAGCUUCUUCUCAAGCAGGGAGCAGGCCCUGGAAGCCAGGCUGCAGCUGAUCCACAGCGCCCCUGCUGAGAGCCUGCAGGCCUGGGUGGCCGAAGCAUGGCAGGCCCAGCAAGGCAGAGUGGCUUCUCUGGUCAGCUGGGACCGAUUCACCUCUCUGCAGCAAGCUCAGGAUCUUGUCUCCUGCCUUGGGGGCCCUGUCCUCAGUGGUGUGUGCAGGCGCCUGGCUGCUGACUUUCGGCACUGCCGAGGGGGCCUCCCUGACUUGGUGGUGUGGAAUUCUCAGAGCCUCCAUUGCAAGCUGGUGGAAGUUAAAGGCCCCAGUGACCGCCUUUCAUGUAAGCAGAUGAUCUGGCUGGACGAGCUACAGAAGCUGGGGGCAGAUGUAGAAGUAUGCCACGUGGUUGCAGUUGGUGCUAAGAGCAAAGGUCUUGGCUGACAGAUGCCACACCGGGGACAUCUGGCCAUCUACUGGGACAAGAUCUUCAAAUGGAUAAAAAUGUCACACUGAGGACAUCUAGCCAUCCACUGGAACAUCUGGCCAUCCACUGAGACAAGAUCAUCAAAAGGAGAAAGCUCUUGGCAUUGUCUCUACUUUGACUUGUGACACCUGAGAUCGGAGAUCGGACUCAUCCUUGUACAGUUUCUGUGUGUCACAAAACUUGGCCUCUGCUGGAGAACUCUGGAUCCACUGUGGGUAGGUGGGUGGACUGUUGAAAGUGCAGGCGUCUGCAUGGACGCUGUGGGAGCUGAAUGCCUCCGUGUUGGUAGGCUUUUUUUUUUUUUUUUAAAGGCGAUCACUGGGGCCAGAGAGAACAUGAACAUGAUGAACUUAGUUGACACUUUAGGUUUCUUUUUAAAAAAAAGAAAUACAGAUGUUUCUCUACUAAAUGCACUGGCAAUGGCAAUCCCUAAAUUUGGGGUUGUCUCAUGGUUAUCCAAGAAGGGCAGGACCCGUAGGAAUUCUGAGUUCCUUAGGAGGGAAAAAUAAAAACAACCAAAACCAAAUUCUUUACUUAAAGGGAGGAAGGAUCCAGAGUAUUUCAGGUGAAGUAUCACAAUACGUAUCAAGCUUCGAGCUCUUGGAUUAUGUGUGAUAAAAAUGUGUGCCAAGAUGUUACAAAAAAAUACCAUCCUGAGGGAUUCUAACAUUAUCAACAGUUGGUCUGGAGCCUCACUCCGCUCUCAGUUGGCUGUGAGAUGGUUUACCUCACCAUAGAAAAGCCAGAUACUCCAUUCCUGCAAGUGAAAUCGACUCUGCCGGCCGCUCUUCCUCCUGCUCACCUCUCUGAGCCCAGCACUCACAGUGAGACCUGUGCUCUGCUGCCCGUAUGCCAAGGAGUUGCUUACCAGGUCGCUUCAUAUAUUCAUGAACUGGCUGGCUACUGUGUGCCAGCUAUAGAAAAGUCAGAAAGGUAAUAUAUGAUUUUUGUCUACUGUGCUCACAAAGAAGCUUUAAGGGAGGUGGAAACUAUGGAAAUAACCAAUUAUAAUACAGUCUGGUAACAGUACUGGAGGAUGGAGAAGAGGGGGAGCCUUUAUUUAGACAAUGAAAAUGUUUCUGCUAGUUAAAGCACAUUAUGUAGCUGGGAUGGAGGCUCAUACCUGUAAUCCCAGCACUGGGAGGCUGAGGCAGGAGGGUUACCUUGAGUUUAAGGUCAGACCAGGCUAUAAAGUGAGACUGUCUUAAAAAAAGAAAAGAGGAAGGAAGGAAGGAAGGAAGGAAGGAAGGAAGGAAGGAAGGAAGGAAGGAAGGAAGGAAAAAGGAGCUCAUUGUGAAUGCUCUUAUACUUUCUGUCCUGUGGAUCUAGCAGAUUAAUAAACACACAGGUGUGAUGCACGGUGAAGCACGGGCGUUGGUCCCCAAGCCCGACCGACCGAAGUGAAGCCUAAGACCCACACAGUAGAAGAGAACAGACUCCAAAAUCGACCUCUGAACACCCGUGUGUAACGGCAUGCACAUGCUCAUAUACACACAAUAAAUAAAAAUGUGUUUAAGACAUUAACAGCACUCGGUGGGCUUUGUUUGGAUUUGUGUGGUGGCUGGAGGUAGGCAUUAUAAUAAUUCUGUCAGCAGGUCUGAUGGAAAUAGCCAAGAUAUUAAACCAUAUACUCUGACCCCCCAAAACUGAUCUUGUUGGGGGUGAAACAAAUUACUUCAAGUGAAGAAGGAUCCAGAGUAUUCAGUUGAAGUGUCAGAAAUACUGUUUUCAACAGCAAAUGUAGAUUUAAAAAGAAAAAAACUGAUCCUGACUGGUUUUUGGAUCACUUACAUUAAAAAGAAGUACAGCCA